AUGAUUGAUGGUUAUGUUAAGCGUGGUGAAAUGGGGCAUGCCCGGAUGGUAUUUGAUAGGAUGGUGUGUAGGGACGUGAUUUCUUGGAAUACUAUGAUCAAUGGCUAUGCAAUUGUUGGGAAGAUUGACGAAGCUAAGAGACUGUUUGAUGAAAUGCCUGAGAGAAAUCUGGUAUCUUGGAAUUCCAUGUUGUCUGGGUUUGUCAAAUGUGGGAAUGUGGAGGAGGCUUUUGGGCUGUUCAGUGAGAUGCCCUGUAGGGAUGUAGUGUCAUGGAACUCCAUGUUGGCGUGCUACGCGCAGUGUGGGAAGCCGAAUGAGGCCCUGGCACUUUUUGAUCAAAUGCAGGCUGUGGGCGUAAAGCCAUCUGAAGCAACUGUUGUCAGCCUCUUAUCGAAUUGA